CUUGUAGAUGUUAUUUUAUUUAACUUUACCCUUAUUUGUAGGAGUAAAUCAAUAAAUAGAGCCCAGUCUGAAAUGCUGCUAGACAAAAUGCUUCAAAAACCCGACAUUUCAAGAGGUUUUGCAAAAGAAAAUCGCGACAAAGUGGCCGAGUUCUGGAGACAGCUAACAUUGUCUUUAAAUAGCGUUGGCACACCUGUUAAGAGUGAAUUUGAGUGGAAAAAGGUGUGGACUGACCAGAAACGCUAUGUACGGAAGAAGGCUUCACAAGAUAAAAUGUACGAAAGGGGGACAGGAGGCGGACCUAACAAAACGCAAAAAUUUUCUAGUGCAGAAGAGGCAAUAUUCCAACUCCUGGGGAUGAAGGAAUCGGUUGAUGGUAUUGAAAGCUCGCAAUGCUAUGGACUGCCUUCAAAAAGAGUUAAGGUUAAUUCGGACGCAGAAGUUUUGUCGGAAAUCAUUGUGCAGUGCGAAGAAGCUCCUGGCUGUAGCACCGAUUUUCCUACAAGCAUCCAGGAUAGCGAACCUCCUGUUCCUCAGUGCCAAAGCGAGUGUUCACCAAAGGAUAGCAGCAAGCAGGGAGUUCUGCAAAGUAGCCAAAAUACUAAUAGUACAAUUAAAUCAAAAAAAAACUAACAAGUACCGAGUUGGUUGUACAAGAGCUGGAAACACAACAAGAAUUGUGUGGUAAAGUAGGCGAAACUUUAUUAGAGAUGAAGUCACACCAAGGUACAUUGAACAGAUAAAAUGUACACCAUAGCCUUCCAUUUGGUAGCAGAAGAGAUGGACGAAGAUGUGGAGCAGAAUGUGACACAAAGAAGGCACUUACGCGAUGCAACAAACCCGCUUGAGUUGCCCCAAGCUUUAUUUCAGAAAUAUCAUAGGGUAAACAAAGCAGCUUUUCGGUACUUGCUGGAUGUACUAACAGCGCAUACCCUGCCAGCAAAAAAGCCAUUUGCUAUUUCUCCGCUGAUAAAACUGGACGCAACUUUGCGCUUCUUUGCAGAAAGAAUACGACGUUUCUCUUGCUCAAUGCAGCCUCAGCAAAGUGAACGGCGGAAGAAAAACGCAAAAUUUCAUUGGCACUUUACUGAAAGCAUGACAUUCCAAGUGAUAUGGGAUGCAUAGAUGGGACACACGUCCGCAUUAUAGCUCCCUCCCAGAAUAAACACUUAUAUUAUAACCGAAAGGGAAACUACAGCUUAAAUAUCA